CAGUGGGAUUGCCCGCUGCAUGACAUGUGCAGAAGUUCUAAAUAUCAGCUGGGAGUUGCUUUCUGUCUCACACGCCGUGCGGGAGGAAUGGCAGGCUGGGGAGUCUUCUUCUUGGGUCUUCUAAACUACAAGACAGGGAAAAUUGUCAUCGCUCAAAACAGGAAAAUCGGGAUAUUAUUCAGACUCUAUCAGCUGGCCGUGCUGGGAUACAUAAUCGGGUGGGUAUUUGUGGUAAAGAAAGGCUACCAGGAGAGAGAAGAGGCCAUCCAGACCUCAGUCAUCACCAAACUUAAAGGUGUUACACUGACUAACAGCUCUGAGACUGGGCUUCACCUGUGGAGUGCUGAGGAUUACGUCAUACCCCCGAAUGGCGAGCAGGUGUUCUUCAUAGUAACAAAUUACAUAGAGACACCCAAUCAGAGGCUGGGGUACUGCGCAGAGAGUUUCAAAGUCCCAGAUGGACGAUGUCAAGGUGAUAAGGACUGCAACGAAGGGGAGGCUGUAACAGCCGGCCAUGGAAUAAAGACGGGGUUGUGCAUCAACAGCACUGGGACCUGUGAGAUCCACGCCUGGUGUCCUGUUGAACACAGCAAGAGACCCACAGAGCCCUUACUGAGCAAAGCGGAAAACUUCACCAUCUACAUCAAGAAUUUCAUCAGGUUUCCAAAGUUUGAAUUCUCCAAGUCCAACGUCCUUGAAACCUCUAACGUCAGCUACCUGAAAACAUGCUUGUAUGACAAAGAGGAACACCUGUACUGUCCCAUCUUCCGCCUCGGAGAUUUGGUCAGCUGGACUGGGAGUGAUUUCCAGGAAAUGGCUGUGCAGGGUGGUUCUGUUGGAAUUCUCAUUGAGUGGGCCUGCGACCUGGAUAAGGACUCUUCAUGGUGUAAUCCAGAGUACAGCUUUACCCGCCUGGAUAGGAACUCAAACACCCCGGUCACAUCAGGAUAUAACUUCAGAUAUGCCAGGUAUUUCAAGGAUGAAAAUGGCGAAACCAUUCGCACUUUGUAUAAAGUGUAUGGGAUCCGCUUCGAUAUAAUGAUCAAUGGCCAGGCUGGGAAAUUCAAUGUUAUUCCCACAAUAAUUGCCAUUGGUUCGGGCAUUGCCCUGCUGGGUGCAGGGGCCUUUGCAUGUGACAUGAUACUACUGUACAUGAUGAACACAAGCUCCUUCUACCGAGACAGGAAGUUUGAAAUCAUCAACCCCAAGAAAGAGCGGACCAAACACAAGGACGGGAAAACAGGACACCGGGAAAGGAGAUCUAAGAAGCCAGCUGUGGACACAGAGGCUGGUAACUCCACCAAUAAGUCAGAGGAGACAGAAGCCCUCGCAGAGAGUCAGCUGCCUGUGGACAAACGGGGUCCAACAGUUCCACGCAACGCAGGACAGCGAUACCCUGCCAACCUCUCUAACCAAGGCACAGGGCCGCGGCCUCAUAUCACCUUCUCUUCGCAAAAUUAAGUUUAAAAGCAGAGCAAGAAAAAUCACCCGCAGCAGUCUGUUAGAGGUGUAACCAAAGAGUCAGACUGAUGUCCAUUCCCACCUGGCUGGCAUGUCACUAGUCUGAGUGAUGCUUGUCCUGAAUAUGUUGCUCCAAAGAAAUUUUAUUGUGGGCUCAUGGGCCAGGAAUCUGAAAUACAGAGAUGGUUUUCAUCUUGGAGGCUAGGUCAGGGUCCAAAGCUGGAGUUUGGGAGAUUAGGUCCAAAACAGGUCCAAAAAUGAUGAUAUGUCAAAGUUCUGUGGCUAUAUAGAGUGACAUUAAAUGAAUCGCCUAAGACUUCAAAGGAAUUGCCAAAUAUAUACCUAUUACUACAUAACAAAUUGAAGUAAUUCAUUGCAUAUUCGUUUCAUGUCAUGAAUCCAUUACUUCAAAGCUUUUUUGGCAGAUGAUCAAGCAUCAUUUCCAGUUUGUUUUUUUUGAUAGGCCAUUAAGACUUAUAAAAAAUCACCGCCAGAAAACCAGACGUCAUACAUGAUUAAUGAAUCUCAAAUUCAGCAUAGGAUACGUUAAAUGCAAAUGAUAAAUAAAACCGUAAAAUGA